AUGACGGAUUUAGGCACCGACCUGAAGCCAGAAUACAUGUACGGGAACCCCAACGUUACCUGCAUGUCCUUUCGCCAUAUUCCACUCCGUCCUGUGUCCACAAACAAUGGCACGACCAAGCUGGCCGCCAAGGCCAAACGCAUGGACAUCUCGGCAACAGAUCUCGCUCGGCCUGUGGUCUGCCGGCGAUCCGUCGGCGUCGUCGUCUUCGCCUCCUGA